GAGUUUUUCUGUAAAAAAAUUGUGGGGUUUGUGAAUUAUCCAUUAAAGAUUAUGGAUCAUUUGAGUUGUGAUAAUCAAUUGGAUAUUCCUGAUACCCCUAAUAGAUUAGCUGCUAAGGAUAUGAACGGGAGGAGGUAUGCCGAUGUAGAGAGUGAUUUGUCUGCAUCAGGGAAUUCAGUAAAUGGGAAUGGUGUUGCUGAGAAUGGAAAUCAACUUAAUGAUAAUGGUUUUGGAAGAAAAAGGUUGUUUAUGCGUCCUCCAAGAAGAAUUUUCAUGAAAUCUGAAUGCGAUGCAAAUUCAUCAGCUUUUGGUAUGGGAGAUUCUUUGCCUUCUAGAAAUGGUGUUCCGUUCAAGGUUCCCUCAAUUCCUAAUUCCAAGGAGAAACAUAACUUGCAUCUUGCUAAAAAUGGAAUCACAGAAUCAAAAGGUCAGCAAGACCGUCCUGUCAUAGACCUGGCAAAGCAAAGUGGGUCGUCGACUCGUGUGUUUGUCAAGUCUCCUGCAGUUGGAGUACAUAAUAUUGGUCAAGAUGAAAAAUUUAGAUCGCGAUCAGCCGUGAUGAAUGAACACUCUAAUUUGGACAGUACGACUUCCACACCAUCCAGCAGUACCAGCAAAGGAAAGGAAAUUGCUGAUCUAGCUAAACUUGGUUUAUAUAAAUCUCAUGGAGAAAAGGAUUCUACCAUUGAUGCACAGCUUGGAGCUCGGAAGGAUGGUUCUACAUCUCUUGCUAACUCACCAAGAGUAACUGGGCAGAAAAGAUUGGUCCGAAAUGGAUGUAUAUCCCCUAUGAACAUAGCUAAGGCUAAAAAGCCAGCGGAGAUGGAGGAUAACAGUAUUUUAAUCCAUGGGCUAACUGAUACCAGUCUUACAGCAUCAUCCCCUGGUACAAGCUCAGUUAGUGCUAAAGAAAUAAUAUCUAACGAUGGUACCUCUGUGAAGGGUAAGGGGGUGGUUAUCCAUUCUUCCUCUUCAAAAGAAUGUGACACAGGACAUACGUCUAGCAGUGAUUCCAGUAGAGAUGUGUUCAGAAGCUUUGACGAAUCAGGAGGAUGGAGAAGUACGCGUAACCGCAGUUCACACUUGUCAUUGCCCAAUCUGCACAGGACUGUAGAAAGAGAUAGUGCACACUUUGUCACUCAUCCCAGUGGGAGUAGGGUGAUGAGAAGAGAUGAUGCAACUAGUUGUCAUGAUUCAGCUUCUAUUAGACAUCUUUCUGGUAUAUCUGAAGGGCCAAAGGGACCCCCUGCUGAACCUCAAUGUCGCCAAAUUAAUGGUCAUCGUACUGCACCAAGCACAGUUAAGAAAAGACUAAAGCAAGGACCUGCCUCAAGCAGCCAUGGUGAAUGUUCUACAUCAGUCUCUAAGGAUGUAGACAUCAUUUGCCUUAGCUCACCUGAAAGUAGGGUUAAUACAAGGUCCACAAGAAACCCGAGUCAUGUAGGUACGGACGUAGAACCAGUGAUUGUAGUGGACAGUCCUUCCUCUACCAUAAGACAUGAAGGCUCUCGUGUUGUCUGUAGCAGUAGUAGGAAUGAAGAUGCUAGAGCCAGUCAAGUAGAUGCUGAUGAAAGGCUUGCACGGGAACUCCAGGAACAGUUGUACAAUGAGGUCCCUUCCUUCGGUGUUGGCGAGAUUGACGAAGAUGUAGCCUUGGCUUUAAUGCAGGAGGAUUUCCGACGUGCGUCCUCUGGAUUAGAGAACCAAUUAUCUGGUCCUAAUGGAUCAUUGGUCACAAACUUACGCAGAAGGCAACCAAGAAAUGCAUCCAACAUAUCUCGUAGAGCUUCUCAAGCUCGGGCGUCUACCUCGAGUAGGAUGACAAGGUUGAGGAACAGUUUCCCUGGACAACCUCGUACUAUCUCAUCAUCUAGAGGAAGAAAUUCGCUGUUUCCUCCUAACAUGGAUGUGGACAUGAGGAUGCAUAUAUUGGAAACCUUAGAGGCUUUCAGUAAUAUGGAUGUGGACAGGAACCUCCUUCAGACUCAGCGCGACUUCAAUGAGAAUGACUACGAAAUGUUAUUGGCCCUUGAUGAGAACAACCACCAACAUGGUGGUUCAUCUUCACGACAAAUCAACAACUUGCCACAGUCGACAGUUCAGAAUGAGAGUCUUCAAGAACCAUGUGCUGUUUGUCUCGAAACUCCAACCAUAGGGGACGUUAUCCGCCAUCUCCCUUGCUUACACAAGUUUCACAAAGACUGCAUUGAUCCAUGGCUGAGUAGAAAAACAUCAUGCCCAGUUUGCAAGUGUUCGAUAUCAUAACCUGCUGUGGAGAUGAUAUGUGGAAUCCAUGCCAGUUGCAGCUUAGAUUUUGAUACAAAUCUUUUACUUUUUGUUCAAGGUUGUUCAGAACAAAGUGCUCUCUUUUGCUAUAUGGUUUUCUUCAAUUAUUUCUCUAUACUUGAUGUUAAAUGUCCCAAUAGUUGGAUGAAUUCGCCAAUUAUGGAUAGUACAUUAACCAUUCAACCAUGGAUGCUGCGCGAUAGAGGGCUGAACUUGAAGAGUGAAGUGAACUAUGCUGGCUUAGCGGUGUUUUUCAGUAGCAAGCUAUGAUUUAACGACCCCCAAACGUUGGUUGCCGUGAGAAAUAAAUAUUACUUACUUCUCAAA